CCACCAUCUCAGCUCGGGCUCCGCGCCGCCGGCCGCAGGCCUCCCGCCGCUCCGCGCGCACGCGCAGUCCUCACCAACAGCUCCGCGGCGCCCAAGCAGCCCGGCCCACAGCGCCCCCCUACCAGCCCGAGGCCUCCAACCAGCCAACAGCCUGCAGCACCAGCUAUCACCUAGAGAGGACACAGGGGCCACGCCUCAGCUCCCCCAAUGUGCCAAGUGGAGUUUGAGAUGGCCUGUGCUGCUGUCAAGCAGCUGAAGGGACCUGUGAGUGAUCAGGAGAAACUGUUGGUAUACAGCUUCUACAAACAGGCCACCCAGGGUGAUUGCAACAUCCCCGCCCCACCUGCUACAGAUGUGAAAGCCAAGGCCAAGUGGGAGGCAUGGAACGAGAACAAGGGGAUGUCCAAGAUGGAUGCCAUGAGGAUCUAUGUUGCCAAAGUGGAAGAACUGAAGAAAAAUGAUACUGGUUAAGGAGGACAGAGUGUCAAACAGAAUGAAGUAGCAGGGCUCCUCCGGUAGGGAAAAGGGCUUCUUAAAAGACAUGGUUGAAACAUCCUGAAACCAUAACCACCAUAGCUGAGAGACAUCAAUAAAUCACUUAAACUGCAUGAGAGUGAGUGACUGUUGUUGGAAAGGUGAUUAAACUCAAAGUGACUGUCGGAGUCCUGGGGAGGUGU